AUGUUUAUGAAAAUUAUUUUUAUUUCUUCCGUUAUCAUUUUGGCCGCUGCUGAUGAGUUCAUAGAAUCUGAAGAUCAAUACGAUUUGAACAUAAAUCCGCCUAAAGAAGAAUACAAGAAUCAAUACGAGUCAAAUAAUGAGUACCAACCUACAAGUGAAUACAACAACAAUAAGAAACCAUCAAAGACUGACUAUGAGAAUCAAUAUAAAUCUAGCAAUAAGUAUCAACCUAAGAGUGGAUACAAACCCAAGAAGGUUGUUUGCUUAGAUAUUGAUGUCACAAAGCAAUGUAAAAAUCGCGCUGAUGGCAACUACGCUAUUGAUAACAAGCCCAGAGCUGGUUAUAUAGCUUGUGUAAACAAAAGUCCUAUAUGUAUGCCAUGCCCAUACGGAUUAACAUUUUGUGCUAAGACCGGCUAUAAGGGGCUCGGACAUUGUCUUGGAGAGUACGAUGAAUGUCCAUCUCGUUCAUACUGA